CUCUGUUCCGACCUACCAACUGUAGGCCUAUUCGCUGUAUUGCCAGAAUAUAUAACCUACCGAGGCCACCAAGGACGCUUGCGAUUCACCCUUUCCUCUCGUUGACGCUCACACGGUGCCCUCUUACCUGUUACCAAUUGUCGAUCAUUCCUUUCACUGUCCACACUCAUGAAUAGCACGCUAGCGGUGACUCCCCACGGAGCCGUCACGGAGAACGCCACGACAACGCAAUCUGCAGAGACGGGAAAAGCCGUAACGUCCUCGACGAUGGCGACGGACGCGGCGUCGACGCAGAGCGGUUUACAACACGAUUCACGAUUCAGUUGCAAUAUUUGUUUAGAAGCCGUCACGGCACCCGUCGUGACACAGUGCGGACAUUUGUACUGUUGGAGUUGUCUGUACCGAUGGCUCGAGCCAGGAAUGGUUCCGGGAGAACGACAAGCACUCACGGGAAUGGUCCGGUACGGACCCAUCGACGAAACGCGACGUGUGUGUCCGGUGUGCAAAGCGCCCUGUUCCGUUCCCACCAUUGUUCCCAUUUACGUGCGCAACGAACCCACUAGUCCCAACAAACGAACAUCGAGCUUGGCGGAUUCCUUGGACGACACUGACGACGACGAUGUCGAGUACGAUCAUCAACGAGAGGCCUCGUACGGAGAACAGGCCCACGUGGCGGCGCACCACACUGAUAUUGUGCGUGCAGCCAAUUCCUGGGAAACGUCCGUGACGGAACAUGCGGACCUCGAUGGACCUACAAGUCCACUGCCACCAUCCGUGGUCAACGUGACUGCCUCAUCCGCACCCGAUUCCUCCUUCACAAACACUGGACUCCGGCAACGGUUGCGGUUUCGCAGUCGCGACAGUGAAAUCCCCUCCGCCGAAGACUAUCACGUGGUCCCAGCCCGUCCAGCCGCCAACUCCCCGGUUCGCCAUCGCAGUCUUUCCGAAUCUAACGUCGGCGCGGCAUCCCUCCCCCGCAACCCCGCAUGGUUGACCCCUCUCAAUCCUGCUACCAACCGGGCUUCUCUCAGCAACGGACUCGCCUUGUCGCUCCAGCACGCCUUUCGACAAUCUCUUCCAACGACUGCUGCGGCACAGCCCGAUCAGAGCAUUCCCCCACUCCAUCGCAGAGAAGGACACGGCAGUGCCGCCGUCAUGAACAGCAUUUCGGAACAAGAUCCCAACGCCACCGAAUUCUUGUCCAGAAUUCUAUUGUUACUCGGUUCGUUCGUGAUCCUGUGUUUGUUGUUGUUUUGA